AGGGGAGAUACAUGCACCACCGACACGUGUUCCCGUCCUUCAUUCAGAACUGACACGCGUCCAGCCUGACGGCUUUGCUUCGACUGUGGGGAGGAGAAUCACGAGCUUAGUCACCUCAACAAAAAUCUAGUCCCCGUUUCUUGGGAAAUGUUCAAAUCACAGUUUCCCAGCAGAGAAAGAGAGCGAUCGAGCAAGACCGAGGUUGUGCCGACACAGAUGAGUGGAGAAUUGAGGUAGGUUCGGUGUUUGGAGGUCAGGAAAGCGCGCGAAAAUGGCGAGGAACGGAAACGGCUCAGACGGGGAGGGCUCGCAGGAAGCUGGAGUUGCUUCGAGCAGUGCAAGAGUUAGAGCGCGGGCCGACCCGUUUUUGGUCGUCUGCGGAUGCUUCAGGUUCAUAACGGCUUUGACUGCUAUUCUCUGCAUUUUCGUCAAUAUUCUCUCUGCUAUCCGAUCUUUUAAGGGCGGUGAUGAUAUUUUUGAUGGUAUAUUUCGGUGUUACGCUGUCGCUAUCGCGUUAUUUGUGGUUGUUGCUGAGACAGAAUGGGGAUAUUUUCUCAAGUUUUGGAAGGCAUUGGAGUACUGGGCUGCUAGAGGAAUGCUGCAGAUCUUUGUUGCAGUGAUGACAAGAGCUUUCCCUGAGAAUGCUGGCAAACGGAAGGAUCUUAUUCUUCUUCAGAACAUUGCUUGCUAUAUGCUUCUUGCUUGUGGUGCAGUCUAUAUUAUCUCGGGAUUCCUAUGUAUUGGCAUUCUUAAACGUUAUCGCCAGCGGAAAGAAAUUACGAGGGAGCAAGCAAUCAAGGAUCUGGAGGAUAUGGAAAGGCGCAGAGAGGAACUUGAACAGCUGCUUCAUGAAAGAGUUUAGACACAAGUUAAGCUGUUCAUGCUGACACUACACAUGAUGCUGAGAGAUUUUUGACUUUUGGGAACUCAAAAAAUAUUGUGAAUCGCAUGCAUGUCUGUAUUUUCUAGUACUUCAGUUGAAGAGUGUUGCUUUUAGAAUUUAUAGUAUUCUGCAAAAAAAAAAAAAGGGGGGGGGGGGGGGGGAGUGGGGGGCCAUUUUUUUUUUUUAAAUAUUUUUUUGUUAAAAAAAAAGGUGCACGGUUUAGGCAAAUAGGGAAUUUUUUUAUUUUUUUGGGUGUGUGUGGGUACACUAUGUAAUUAGGCUUGUAUUUGAUUCUUCUCAGAUAAAACAACUAUUGGCUGAUUCGGUUUUCUUUUCA